GCUUAGGUGCCCGAGCUACUGAGGGUCUAGGUCCGGGCAGCCGAAGAGUGUGGUAGGUAACGGUCGUCAGCGCAAGGGUCAUUUCGUCGCUGGGAAGGGACGGCCCUCGCCCGCGGUGAUGGUGGUUAGCAAGAUGAACAAAGAUGCGCAGAUGAGAGCAGUGAUUAACCAGAAGUUGAUAGAAACUGGAGAAAGAGAACGCCUCAAAGAGUUGCUGAGAGCUAAAUUAAUUGAAUGUGGCUGGAAGGACCAGUUGAAGGCACACUGUAAAGAGGUAAUUAAAGAAAAAGGACUAGAACACGUUACUGUUGAUGACUUGGUAGCUGAAAUCACACCAAAAGGCAGAGCCCUGGUACCUGACAGUGUAAAGAAGGAGCUCCUACAAAGAAUAAGAACAUUCCUUGCUCAGCAUGCCAGCCUUUAAGAUUGGAUGAGAUUGUGUUGUUUUGUGGUUUUAUUUCUGAAAGUAAAACUUGCCAUAAAUUAGCAAUCAA